UUAAGAGGAAACGCUUUAAGGCAGCAACCACAAGAGUACAUGCAGACGCUCGCUUAGUGUGUGUCUUUGGUUGUGAGCGAGUCAUUUGCCAUUACUACAGCUCUCUGGUAGCACGUAGCUGGUGUCUAUGAUUAAGAGCAGCCACUGGCAGGGCUGCUGCGCUCCAGCCCUAUCUGGAAGAGCACACCCCAUCUUAGUGGGAAGCUCACCCAGUCUCCCCCUCCCUCCUUCCCUGGCAGGGAGCAGUCAGCAUGGAGGAUACCACAGCCAUAGUCACAGCCACCACAGACCAUUGUGCACCAGUCACCAAAGCAGCAUUGCAGCAGGCCCCAGGUUAUGAGGAGGAAGCCGGGGGCUGGGACAUAGGAACAGGAAGUGCAGGUUGGAACCCACAGAGUGCUGCUGCUGCAAUGGAACUUCCCGUUCUCACGCAGCCUGGCUUGGGGGUAACCAAGACGACAGUGACCACGAUCACUCAGACUGGAGGGGAUUGGAACAGCAGCCUGUUCAACGUGUGUGGAGACAAGACUACAUGUCUCUUAGGGGCCUUUGUGCCCUGCUGCCUGGACCUGAGUCUGGCCCACCACUAUGGGGAGUGUCUGUGUUUGCCCCUGCUUCCUGGCUCCACGUUUGCCAUGCGGGUGGGCAUCAGGGAGAGAUACAAGAUACGGCUUCACCUGGAAUGCUUUUCCAGCAUUAUUGAAGGAGUUCCCACAUAUGCUGAGCACUUGUUGGCUGCUUUUCCUUCACUCUGCGGUCCAACUCAUUCCAUAACAUCUCAAUUGGCAUGUCGGGUGAUUGUGGAGGCCAGGUCAUCUGAUGCAGCACUCCAUCACUCUCCUUCUUGGUCAAAUAGCACUUACACAGCCUGGAGGUGUGUUAGGUCAUUGUCCUUUUGAAAAACAAAUGAUCGUCCCACUAAGCGCAAACCAGAUGUGAUGGCGUAUUGCUGCAGAAUGCUGUGGUAGCCAUGCUGGUUAUGUGUGCCUUGAAUUCUAAAUAAAUCACAGGCCGUGUCACCAGCAAAGCAUACCCACGCCAUCACACCUCCAUGCUUCAUGGUGGGAAUCACACAUGGGGAGAUCAUCCGUUCACCUACUCUGCAUCUCACAAAGACAUGGUUGGAACCAAAAAUCUCCGAUUUGGACUCAUCAGACCAAAGGACAGAUUUUCACCGGUCUAAUGUCCAUUGUUCGUUUUUCUUGGCCCAAGCAAGUCUCUUCUUCUUAUUGGUGUCCUUUAGUAGUGGUUUCUUUGCAGCAAUUUGACCAUGAAGGCCUGAUUUAGUCUCCUCUGAUAAGUUGAUGUUCAGAUGUGUCUGUUACUCAAACUCUGUGAAGCGUUUAUUUGGGCUGCAAUCUGAUGGGCAGUUAAUUCUAAUGAACGUAUCUUCUGCAGCAGAGGUAACUCGAGGUCGUCCUUUCCUGUGGCGGUCCUUAUGAGAGCCAGUCAUCAUGAAGCCAGAUUUUUUUUUUUUGCGACUGCAUUUGAAAAAACGUUCAAAGUUCUUGAAAUAUUUCGGAUUGCCUGACCUUUAUGUUUUUAACUAAUGAUGGACUAUCGUUUCUCUUUGCUUAUUUGAGCUGUUCUUGCCAUAAUAUGGACUUGGUCUUUCACCAAAUAGGGCUAUCUUCUGUAUAUCACCCCCACCUUGUCACAACACAACUGAUUGGCUCAAACGCAUUAAGAAGGAAAGAAAUUCCACAAAUUAACAAGGCACACCUGUUAAUUGAAAUGCAUUCCAGGUGACUACCUCAUGAAGCUGGUUGAAAGAAUGCCAUGAGUGUGCAAAGCUGUCAACAAGGCUAUGGGUGGCUAGUAUGAAGAAUCUCAAAUAUAAAAUAUAUUUUUUAGAUGUUUAACACUUUUUUGGUUACUACAUGAUUCCAUAGUUUUGACGUCUUCGCUAUUAUUCUACAAUGUUGAAA